AUGGCCCUCCGUCAACUUCGCUGUGUUUCCUUGGGCUUCGGGGUAAAUAAAGCUUUCCUCUUCUCCGAGACAUGCUAAAAACCCGAUUUGUCGUCUUUUUUGUUUAAUUCGGCGUCGUAUAUAAAGUCAUACAGGUGGUAGCGGAGAGAGACUUAAAGCUAACCUUAGCGGCAAACAGACCGCCGCAUAAAAGCUAUUUUGCUAGCAUCACAUUUCAUUUAGCGUCAAAUAAAGAGACAAAGAGCAGCGGAGGAGGACUGGAAAAAAGUUUAGAUCCUGGUUGGAGGCGUCAGAAAGUGAAACAGAUGCUUAGAAAGGAGCUGCUGGUGUUUCGGGCGGCUCUUGGUGGAAUAAAGGUUAACUCUUAAUAAGUUAUCCCCAUGAAGUGAGACAGCCCAGUCAGUAUUUGUGAUUUCUCUGCAUUGAUGAGCCAUUGAUUCACUGGAGUGGGGAAAAUGACGUCACCUCUCAGUGCUUCCCUCCUGGGGCUGAAGCAGCUGUCGGUCUGCUUGGUGGACUGCAUGAAGACGCCAGGCGGGCUGAGAGACGUCCUGAAGGAAGACGCUGGAGCUUCACCCGGGAUCUGUCCAGCAAACGUCUCUCUCCUGGGUCUGAGGGAGCUGUCUGUCUGCUUGGUGGACUGCAUGAAGACCCUGGCGCUGGAUCAGCAGAAUAGGCCUCUGCACUGCCUGGAGGCAGCGGAGCAAAGUGCAGCAAGCAUCAAAGUCGAGUUAGAAGAGGAAGAGAAGCAUCCGUAUGAAGACGGCUGCUUCAUCAAAGCACCGGAGUCGCCGCCGCAGGUGAAGAUCCUCUCCAUUUACAUGGUAAAACCAGGGUUGGACCUCCUGAACUGGUGCAACACAGGAGUCAGACAGGAGUCAGGCUCCUAUAAGGAAGAGGACAGUUGGCUUCCAGAAGAUUUGAAAGUGCUGGGGAGGCGAGGGGAGGGAGACGAUGAAGGUGAAGAAGACAAAACCCAAGAAACUCCCGAAUCGCAGCUGAGUUACGCAGGGAUUGAUGUGGAAGUGGAGGCGUUUGAGGAGGACGCCGGCUGUUUGGACACGAUCACGGGGCUGAUGCAGGGCUACAGCCUGUCUGAGUCGGUCACAAGAGGCGAGGAAGCUGAUUCAGAGGCAGACAAGGAGGACGCAGUCUGCUUGGACGCACAAGCAGCACAGAGUCAGGACAGAUGCUGCCUCCCCCAAACACCUGAGCAAAGUGCUGCAGGGGCUGAAACAGAGCCGGGAGCAGAUACAGAGGCAGGAAAUACUGACGCACCUGAGCCAAGAGAUGAAGUCAGCUGUCCUGCAACAAAGAAGCACCAACCAGGAGCUGCAUCCAAAGGCAGACAUCACCAGUGUGAGCAUUGUGGGAAAUCCUUUCCCAGGAAGGCCAAUCUCACCAGACACCAACACAACAACUGCCACCCUGAAAAAAGCUCCUACAGUCAAACACAGCAGCUGGAAUCACAGCAGCUGAGCUCCACUACUGCGCCGCAGAUGGAGAAACCACACAGCUGCAGUGUGUGUGGGACAGGUUUCACCAGCAAGAAGGAGCUCUUCAAACACAGAUCGAUCCAUAAAAACAAGCCGUACUCAUGUGACAAAUGCAGCAAGGCUUUUGAGACAGAAAAGCAGCUGAAGCAGCAUGCGUGUGUUCAUACAGAAAGCGGUCAACAGAAAGAGCGAGCACAAGCCGCCAAACACGGACCACGGGAGAGGCAGCACGUUUGCAAGCACUGCCAAAAGAGCUUCUACGCCGUAUGCCACCUCCAGCAGCACCUCCACACGCACUCAUCGGAGAAACCGUACAGCUGCAAGGAGUGCGGCAAGCGGUUCACGCGAGAAAGCACCGUCAGGGAACACCAGCUGACCCACACGGGUGAGAAACCGUUUCAGUGCGAACAGUGCGGCAAGAGCUGCGCCAGGAAGGGCGACCUCCGAAUUCACAUGCUCAGCCACUCGCAGGAGAAACCGUACAGCUGCACACAGUGUGAGAAAAGCUUCAAGCAGCUCGGGAAACUGAGGCAGCACCAGCGGGUGCACACGGGGGAGAGACCAUACGAGUGCAGCUUCUGCCAGAAGCGGUUCAGUCACCAGCAGACCCUGGUGACGCACCAGUACAGCCACACAGGAGAGAAACCCUUCAAGUGCACACUGUGCCCAAAGCGCUUCAGCGAUAAAUGCAACCUGAGAAAACACCAAACGAUACACUCGGGUGAGAAACCUUACCACUGUGCGCACUGUGGAAAGAGUUUCCGUCUCCUGCAGCACCUGUCAAUACACGAACGCAGUCACACAGGUGAGAAACCAUAUCAGUGUGACAAGUGUGGGAAAAAGUUUGCUAAGUCAUCAAUACUGAAAGCACACCAGUCUAAAAUACACCAGUCUACCCAUAAGGGAACGGCUCCACUGUGUUGCAGGCUGUGUGGGGAGCAGUUCAGUGAGCUCCCUGAACUGAUCGCCCACCACUGUGAACAGAUGGUGGAUAAACCAUUUAAGUGCCACCAGUGUGGCAAGUGCUUCGCUCACAUGAUCAACCUCAAGAAACACCAGUUUGUCCACUCGGGGGAGAAACCCUACCACUGUAAGGACUGUGGGAAGCAGUUCAACGACAAGAGUAACCUCACCAAGCACAUACGCAUUCACACAGGCGACAAGCCCUUCCCAUGCGAACAGUGUGAGAAGCGCUUCAGGCUCUUCCAGCAUCUGGCAAGCCACCGGCUGACACACAAGAAAUAAGUUUGGUCACUGUCAGUUUACCUUCAGCAUCUAAGCGAUGGAGUGGUUGUGAUUUCUUCUCGCUUGAGUACAGAACCUUUAGUGAGUCCUUCAUCCCAUCAAAUCAUUUCCAUAGUGUUUUAGUUUGAAUAACUAUUAAUUCACCAUUUAUUACUCAUGGUUAUAAUUGUUACCAAAAUAUCUCAUGAAAUGAACCCUGAUCAGACACAAACAUGGUUAAACCAGCUUUUAGACUUUUGUUUCUAUGAGUGAGUGUGUGGAGGAGUAUUUGUGUAUACCAGGGAUAUACACCAGAUACCAGACCAAGGAAAUCAGGGAACUUUGUCAAGGUGUGUAAAUGUACAAAUUGCAUCAAAAUGUGCUUUUUAAACAAAACUAUGAGAGUGAACACUAUUGCCUUUAAUGGAGAAAAGUAUUUCAGAAUUCAAACAGCCUUUACUCUGUCAAGUAAGUGAAGUAUAUUAAUCUCCUCAAAUCCACCACUUCCAAGAGUGGAUUUGUCAUUGCAGCAUCGCUGCACUUUCUUCAGACCCAUAGAAUUUUAUUUAAAAGUUUAGUGGAAAUGCUCUGUUAUAGGGAAAUAUGCAUAACAUGAUGAAUAAUACAUCUUUAUAUUUUCUAUUUGAUGUAGUGGUGCAGCCAUAACAUGAUGCCAUCUUGUGUAUUGAAUAUUUCACUAUUCUCAAAUAUAAGUGUCACUCCGACCACUAAACAGAAUAUGUUUGUGACAUUGUCAUACAAUAUGGAAGAUAUAUACAAUAUCCAUUCAUCUAUCUACAGUAUCUGUGUGUGUUUGUGUGCUAGGGCAUUUCAGCCCAUAGUACACACCAUAGUAGCCCAUGUACAUCGUGUACACAUUUUCCAGUAAUUCAGCAGGGCAUAUUUGGUAUAUUUGGAAAGCAUUAGAAUCAUUAAUGAAGCUGUUGCUACUUUCAUAGGUCCAAUUUACAUUUCCUCAAGUCAACACUUUUCCUUAUUUUUUUCUAGAAAAUUUGUGUCAAGUCUAGCUUGAAAUUAACUGCUGUCUCAGCUAUCAAAGCCGCCCAAAAGUAAAAGGCGUGGAUGUGACAACAUAGCUUGGCAACAUGUUUUUGUGGGAUUAUUUCCUUGAGGCGACUUUUAUUUCUUCUUCCUGUGGGUGUGUGUUGAUUGACAGGAAGUAGAGUGUAACAUAAAACAUUAAAACACUCCACUCAGCACAAUGAAA